UCAAUUUAAAAUGUAUUUGUUUCCUACAGUAUCAAUUUGUCAUAGGAAGGAACAUAGUUAUUCAAACUGAACUUUUUGUCAUAAAAUGUUUAAAAUACAAUGUUAUGUAGCUUAUAUGUAUGUAGAGUUUACAAAUGGAAUCAAAUUUUGGCAGUUUUGGCUUUCAAAUGGUAACUUACUGAACCACUUGAACCAGGUACCAAUCAACCACUGCUGAUAAACAGAAUUGAUCUGCAUCAACAUGCCAUAUUUGUGCGGAAUUCCAGGUCAAUGGCAUAGUUUAUAUAGUAAAGUCCUAAUCGGAUGGAAUUUAACACAUAAAAAUGUACUAAAUAAAAAGAUUUGUUAAAUAACAUUUUUCAGACGAUUUUCUCAUUUUUCCAGAUAAAUUUUUGUUCGGAAAAUCAUGCAAAAUUCUCUUCCUGCCCCAAGCUCUACCCGACUUUUAUUCACGUGGCUUCCAGAUUUUCCUCUGUCUGUCUGCUGCCUCAUGUCUUCUCAAUUCUCAUUCACACUUUACUUGCACUUUUUUAAAUACCAUCUUUUUAUUUAAAGUUACUAUUUAAAUUAUUUUACUAACCGACAAUAGUAAGGUCUAGAACGUCUAGAACUGAUACGAGAGUGGGUGACUUGAUCAAGAAAAUGUCAGUGAUUGGAAUAGACUUUGGAAAUGAGUCAUGUUUCGUCGCCGUCGCGAGGGCUGGUGGAAUCGAAACUGUAGACAAUGAUUACAGUUUGAGAGCUACGGCGUCGACGGUGGCGUUCGGCGAGAAGAAUCGUAUCCUCGGAGUGGCGGCGAAAAAUCAACUUGUGACGAACAUCAAGAAUACGAUUUGGAGUUUUAAACGUUUCCUAGGACGUCGUUUCGAUGAUCCUUACGUGCAAGAGGAAAUCAAACGGAUGCCUUUUAAGGUCGUGGCACAUCCACAGAGUGGCGGGGUUGCAGUGCAGGUUAGGUAUUUGGGCGAGGAACGUGUUUUCUCCAUGGAACAGAUUGCUGCUAUGCUGUUCACCAAGCUGAAAGAGACGACAGAGGCAGGCUUGAAGACCAGGAUUAGCGACUGUGUCUUUUCGGUUCCAUCCUUCUUCACGGAUGUGGAACGCCGAGCAUUGGUCGCUGCUGCGCAAAUGGCAGGAUUUAACGUGCUUCGAUUGCUGAAUGAGACGGUGGCGACGUCCCUAACGUACGGUAUUUACAAGCAGGACCUCCCAGAGGAGGCCGACAAGCCAAGAAAUGUCGUCUUCGUGGAUUGUGGCCACUCCUCCUUACAAGUCUGGACUUGUGCCUUUAACAAGGGAAAAUUGAAUAUCUUGGCCUCGACCGCGGAUCCAUUUUUGGGUGGUCGUGACUUUGAUAAGGUUCUCGCUGACCAUUUUUGCGCUGAGUUUCGCGUCAAGUAUAAGAUUGACCCCGAAACCAACCAUCGCGCCUACGUCCGCCUUCUCACGGAAAUUGAAAAGAUCAAGAAGCAAAUGUCAGCCAAUGCGACAAAGCUCCCGUUGAACAUUGAGUGCUUGAUGGACGACAAGGACGUGACGAGCAACAUGUGCCGGGCCGACUUUGAAGCAAUGAGCAGUAAUUUGCUGCAGAGGGUGGAGAAAACGAUGGUGGAUUGUCUCCGGUCUUCGAAUCUCCAGCCGAGUGACAUCUACGCUGUGGAAAUUGUGGGUGGAUCGUCUCGCAUUCCGUCGAUCAAGGCUCUGAUUGAAAAAACGUUUGACAAGGCGCCCUCUACGACGUUGAAUCAGGACGAGGUUGUUGCACGAGGUUGCGCCCUACAAUGCGCCAUCCUUUCGCCUGUAUACAAAAUUCGAGACUUUAAGAUCUCGGACGUUCAAAUGUACCCGAUAAAAAUUGUGUGGGACGAGAGUUUGCAGGAGGACGGAAUGGUGGAAGUGUUCCCACUGUACCACCCCGUGCCCUUCUCACGCCUCUUGACUUUCUAUAAGAAGAAUGGUUUUAAGUUUACGGCCACGUACUCGGGUGAUGUGCCCUACCCUCAGAAGGAAAUCGCCGAAUAUUGCAUCAAGCAUAUCGAAUCACCUGAUGGGGACCCUGUCAAGCUAAAAGUCAAGGCCAGGAUCAGUUUGGAUGGGAUUUUCAGUAUCAAAGCAAUCACGGCUUAUUUGAAGAGUGCCGAUGAAAUGAUGGAGACGGAGACCUCCCAAGAUGCUGGGACCAAUGGGGAAACGAUACAAGAACAAUCAUUCGUAGCAACGCCGUCAGAAGGAGCAGCCACGAAGCAACAGGAUACCGAAAUGGAGGCUGAAACACCAUUGAGCCAGGAGGACACAGAGGUGCCCGUGGAGAACAAAACGUCUUACGAAAUUGUCGAACUUCCUUUCCAACAAAACUCUUACGGCUAUGCGCCAUAUGACAUUCAACUUAUGACUGAAACCGAGGGUAAAAUGAUGGCUGAAGAUAGGAGGGAGAAAGAGAGAAUCGAUGCCAAGAACGGUCUCGAAGAGUACGUUUACCUCCUGAGAGACAAGCUGGAUACCGAUUUGACUCAAUUUGUUGAGGAGCGCGAUAAGUCUAAACUGUCCGAGGAGCUCAGUUUUCUGGAAAAUUGGCUCUACGAAGAUGGCAGUGAUGAAAAGCGACAAGUUUACCAAGAUCGCUUGGAAAAGUUGAAGAAAACUACGGACCCCAUCUUCGAACGUCACCGCGACCACCAUGAGCGUCCUUCUGCGAUCCGUGAGCUCGAAGGCUCGAUACAACAAGCCAGGAAAGUUGUUGACAAGAAGUUUGCCAACGAAGCCGGCUAUGAACACUUGGAAGCUUCUGACGUAGACAAAUUAAAAAAUGCCAUUCAAGAGAGUCAACAGUGGCUCGACCACGCGCGAGACAUUCUCCUUAGCGUCAAACCGAAUAUGACUUCGCCCAUCAACGCGAUGGAAAUAAUUCUUCAGCGGAAAUCCUUCGAGAGCGUUGUCCAUCCAGUGAUGAACAAGCCCAAGGCGGAACACAGAGCUCCUCCCCCUAUGGAGAACAAUGCCGCUGAUACCAAUGACGAGAGUUUGGGUGCGGGUGAGGAUGUAACUGCAGGAAAAAAUACUCCCACCAGUGAAGAUCAACAACCUAAAGAAAUGGAUCUUGAUUAAUCAACCUUAAUGUUAUUAUUACAGCUUGCUUAGCUUGAACUAGGAUUUAUUAAUAAAGUCAAAUUGUUUGAUUAUAUUCCACUAAAUAUUUGGAAUAUUUUAUAGUAAA